AUGGCGGGCGGCGACUUGAACAUGAAGAAGUCGUGGCACCCGCUCCUCCACACCAAUCAGGAGCGGGCCUACGAGGAGCGCAAGAAGCUCGACGAGCUCAAGCGUGAGCGAGAUCAGGAGAGGGAGAUGCAGGAGCUACAACGACUACAGGAAGAAGCAGGUGGGAAGAAGAGGGUAGACAAGGUUGACUGGAUCGGACCCAGCGCGAGUGAGCUCGAGGACUACCUCCUGGGCAAGAAGAGGAAGGCAAAGGAGAGCAAUCAGGCUACUACCGAGAAGAGCAAGGACGCCUUCAUUGCCAUUCAGAAUGCCAAUACCGCCAACGAUGUCGCCGCCAAGAUCCGUGAAGAUCCCAUGUUCGCCAUCAAGCAACAAGAGCAGGCCGCAUACCAAGCUCUCCUUAAGGAUCCAACCAGGCUUAGACAGAUGAGGGCCGCUGCUGGUCUGGAUGUCGAAGACAAGGAAGAGAGACGGAAGCGAAAGGAGGAGAAGCGGAAGCAAAAAGAGGAGAAGCGGCUGAGGGACGAGGAGAGAAGGCAUGGCAGCAGUAGCAGAGGAGACAGGCAUCGAGACGAUGACGAGCGUGGCUCACGGAGAGACGACUAUCAUCAACGUCGCCCCAGCGAGAGAUACUACGAUGAGCCAAGCAGAAGGUCCGACAGAGACGACUAUUCGAGGAGAGGCUAUUCACGCGACCACGACGACCUUCGCUCCUCUGCUCGAGACUACUACCGCGGUCCCCGUGACGAUGAGCGGCGCUACCGGGACCGAGACAACGACCAGAGAUCGUAUUACAGGGAAGAUGAUCGCUACGACAGACGAAGGAGUCCGCCCCGUGGGCCAGCGCCUGCUUCUCAGCGCUCUCGAUCUCGCUCCCGCUCCCGCUCUCCUCCUCCACGGCAACAUCGUGAAGACCGUGCAGCGCCUGCUGCUGAUGCUGCUGCUCCCCGUAAAUCCAACGAGCAAGCCGAGCGCGAGGCCAAGCUGGCCCGGAUGCAAUCCAAUGCGCAAAGCAUGAAUGCCCAGCGCUCCGCCUACCUCGACAAGGUCAAGGCUGAGGAGGCUGAGGAGUUAGCGGCGGAGCAGAAGGCUCGGGACCGCAUGGACAAGCGAAAGGAGGCUGGAAAGGGAAGCUUCUUGCUUGACCAGCAAAAGAAGGCAUUUAAUGGAGAUUUGGCCGAGAGGCUGCAGAGGGCAAAGGGGGGACUGCAGAGGGUGGGAGGAGAUUGA